AUGGAAAUAUCGGCGGAGCCCAUCAGAGUUCAAAGCUUAUCCCAAGCCGGCCUCAACCAAGUCCCGCCCCAAUACAUUCAACCUCCCCAGCACCGACCCAAUCGACCUUCUUCUUCAACCAACAUUCCGCUCGUCAACCUUUUCGGCCUCGACCCGACCCGACGUGAUUCGGUUCGGGCCUCAAUCGGGCAAGCCUGCCGGGACUGGGGCGCCUUCCACGUCACCAACCACGGCAUUCCUGCCAGCAUAGUCGACGCCAUCAAGCGCGCGGGCCUCACCUUCUUCAACGACAGCUCAGUCGAAGACAAACUCAAUUAUGCGUGCGAUCCGAGCUCGUCGGCGUCGGAGGGCUACGGCAGCCGGAUGCUGGAGAAGGACGACACCGUUUUGGACUGGAGGGACUAUUUCGACCACCACACCCUCCCCCUCCGUCGCCGGAACCCCACCCGAUGGCCCCAUUUCCCCGCAGAUUACCGCCAGGUGGUUUCCAAGUACAGCGAUCGAAUUGCUUCGCUGGCGCGAGAGUUGCUGGGGCUGGCGUCCGAGAGCCUGGGGCUUGAAACGCGGCGUUUAGAGGAGGCGGUAGGGGAGUUUUGGCAGAACAUUACGAUCAGCUAUUACCCGCCGUGUCCUCAGCCUGAGCUGACUUUGGGCCUGCAGGCCCAUUCGGAUUUUGGUGCGAUUACGCUGUUGGUCCAGGACGAGGUGGGUGGGCUUGAGGUGCUUAAAGACGGAGAGUGGGUUCCUGUGAAGCCUUUGGGUGGUGAUGCCAUUGUUGUUCUUCUAGCUGACCAAACCGAGAUAAUGACCAAUGGGAAGUACAGGAGUGCUCAACACAGGGCUCUAACCAAUUCCAAUCAGGCACGUCUCUCAGUUGCUACAUUUCAUGAUCCAGCCAAGACAGUGAAAGUAUCCCCUGCUUCUGAGCUUACCAGUGCGUCGACUCCUCCCCUCUACCGGGAAGUUGUUUAUGGAGAUUAUGUGUCAUCGUGGUACACAAAGGGCCCAGAAGGAAAACGGAAUAUCGAUGCCCUCCUGCUUGAACCUUGA